AUGGCAGACCCAAUAGUGGCCACCAAUUUCCGUUCGCUGCUUUGGAGAACUGGAAUCUCUCAAUCCGUAUUCCUGGGGGUGUGCGUCUUGCUUGCACUGCCCCUGGUAUAUUUGGUCGCCACGAGAUGGGCAAGGCAUCAUGCGUUGAAGAAGCUCCCGGGAACCUAUGCUCCAGUAGUCCCUUCGCGUCUUCCGUUUGGGUUGGACGUGGCGUUCCGAUGUGUCUAUGAGCUGGCAACCGACGGGUUCCAUGAAUAUACUCGGGAUAUUCUGGCGACCAGUCCAGGGCGGACGAUUGAGUUCCACCUUCUAGACAAGCGCAUGGUAGUCACGGAUAACCCAGAAAACAUCAAGGACAUGAUGUCGGUUCAGUUUGAUACGUUUGGCAAAGGUGACCUUACGCACCACAUUUUCAGGAAUUGCUUUCGAGGGUCAAUAUUUGGCUCAGAGGGUGCGGAGUGGGCAGCGCAUAGGGCCCAGUUAAAGCCGUUUAUUGCCGCAAUGAGGCCUUCAGAUCCCGAAAAGCUCGAAAAUCAUUUUCUAGAGAUGCUGCAGAAGAACGUUCCCACCGAUGGAUCUCCCAUCGAGGUGUACGAUAUGCUCGACAUGAUGCUGCUGGAGACGGUGAUCGACAUCUUUGUUGACCCCUCAAAGGACCCAGAAUAUAAACACAUCAACCCAAGGCCAUUUGUCAAUGGGGUCAAUGCGCUUCUCAAGAUCAACACGUUCCGAGUGCUUCUUGGGAAUAUCAGCCGUCUGGUCUCAGACAAGCUCAUUGCCAAACGAUCCACACAAGCUCUGCAUGAAUAUCUAAAUCAUCAUGUUCGAUGGGUUCAUAAACUUCAGAACCACCGAGACGACAAAAGCCCGAGGAAGCCCGGGACUAUGAUGGAGGCUUUCGCAAGCGAAUCACUCUCGGACAGUGAUCCCGUGGGUAUGAUAGUGGUAUGGGUCAUUUACGAGCUUGGCCGUAGACCCGAAAUCGUGGAUAAAUUGCGUGAAGAAAUCAUUGCCGCAAUCGGAGACGAUGUCAACACGCUGCCUACUGAUGCCCAGUUGCGGAGCAUAAAAUACCUACAGAAUAUCAUCAAGGAGGCAAUGCGCAUGUAUCAUCCCUUCGUCAACAUCAUGGGCCUGCAUCGCCGGGCAGACAUUGUGGGAGAGGAUACUGAAGUCUUCCGUCCAGAACGGUGGGAUACCUUCAAACCGGGUCCGUGGGAGUAUAUGCCCUUCCAUCGCGGUCCGCGGAACUGUCUGGGACAAGCAUUCGGGCAAUAUGCCAUGGGAUAUUUGAUUGUACGGCUCUAUCAGCUGUACGAUAUUAUACCCGCGGAUACCGUCGUUCAGCGUAUCAAGGUGGAGAUGAACACCAAAGUCUCGAGCCCGGUGAAUAUGCGGUUCUAUCCUCGUCGCACGGUUAGCGAUCCGAGACUGAAGAAACAAUCCUAA